AGGAGGGAAUUUAAGCGACAGCAAGGCACCCGAGCGGCGGCGGCGACGGCGGCGCGGCGGUGACGGUGGCAGCACGUUCGAUAUAUGUUGAUUAAAAAUCAUGAAUAAACGUGGAAAGGGAAUAGUUGCGAUUCCUUUAAUUCCUAGCAUUCAGCAUUCUAUUUAGAAUUGCUUAGUAUCGCCAGACGUAGGAUCAAGAAGAGGGGGAUGGGGAUGCGAAGGGUUAGGGGGAAGGGGGUUGGGGUCGUCCUUGAGCGCUGGCGGCCCUUCAUAAGGUAUAUGGAGAGGUGUGGUAGGGGAUGUUGCAGCACCCUAGUUCUUCAAUACAACUAUUCCACCUCCUACUUGCCCCAGUAGUCGUCCAUUGAACACAGUCGCGGUUGUAUCAACCUGUUCGGAUUCGGUCCGAACUCCGUGUUCGAGAGAGAGAGGGAGAGAGAGAGAGAGAAAGAGAGAGACAGCAAUUGUGUCACGCAAUUCAAGAUUGACGAAUAGAUAAUAAUUAUAAUAAACUUUCACUCCAAAUCAGAGUCAUCGUUCAUCAACUUUUACCGUAAAUUGAUGAAUCUAACGUGGGAACCAAUGUGAAUAUCUUCUCGGUAGAUUACAAUAACUUUCCUUCACCCUUUACACCUUCCUCUCUCUCUCUCAGCAAUUUCUUCCGAUAUCCUUCACAAGGCUCAACAAGGAAUCGUGCGUGUCACUAUAAUGUCUUUGAUAUAAUUAUGAAAAAUUGUUGAACAAGACCGAGAGUGUUCUUUCGGAGCGUGGCAGAAGCAGUGAAAUAAUUCUUCAAGUUUUUUUCAUUGACAUUUUUCUGUUCUCAUCCAAGAUCAUCAUCGAGUAAAGCGAGUAUACAAAGUAUUCUCCUUUCAUCUUUCGUCUUUUUACAAAACUUUACUUUCACAAAUUUGUCGUGACCUAUUUCGUGCCUCUUUUUCGCUUCUUUCCAAUAUCCUUAACGAAACGAUUCUUAUUUCCUUAUUUUUUUUCUCGAAGCUUGCAUGCUGAUUCUCGAAUUAUUGAAAAAUUGUGAAAAUAAAAAUUUGAUUGAAGAUAUUCUUCGAAAUCACGAGAUUAACCGUGAAAUGUUAGUUUUUCGGAUCGUGUAUCGUACAAUCGUAUUCGAGAUUGAAUGUGACUAAAGUGAAGUGUGAAUCUUCAAAGGUUGCAAAGGAUCAAUUGAGAUUCACAAUUGAGUCUGCAAGUUUGUCUUCGUCCCGAUCGGACGAUUCGGAGCCAGAAUUUGGCGCUGGACGAGAAAUAGAAGAUUCUUGCAGCGACUCGGAGACCGAACAUUGUAAUCGAGACUUGAGCUGCUGGACAGACAGUUUCGUCGUGUUAAUGAGCGAUUCCUUUGAAGUGAUAUCGCUGCCGGCCGACAUGAUGCAGCCGGCCAGCUACGGGAAGAAGAACACUACCUGGUACACUACUCCCGCAGGCGGUGGAGGUAGUAGAAGCGGCACCACCGGGACCGGAAGUGGGAUCGGAGGGUGGCAAAGUAGACCGCCAGCGGUACCGAGUCUUAGCCGGAAAGCCUCCAUCACCGAAGAAGCACCACCCCCCGGUGGCGGAAAGCCCUCUUCGGGCCGUGUCAUUCGUAUCGUUAACAACCAUGACCAUACUGUUCAGUGCCGGGUUUUGCUGAAUCUUCGUACAUCGCAACCCUUCGAAGAAGUUCUGGAAGAUCUCGGACAAGUGUUGAAGAUGAACGGGGCUAAAAGGAUGUUUACCGUCUCGGGACAAGAGGUGAGAAGUUUCUCGCAAUUGAGGAACGAGUUCGCGGAUGUGGAUACGUUUUACUUGGGUACCGGAGCGGCUCUCGUGAUGACCGGUGGCGUCACGGCAUCCCCGGUACGAAGGUCAAGAUCACGUGGACCAUCCACCGUCGUGGAAGAAGUUGGCCGACAAAGAAGGGCUCGCAGCAAGAGCAGACCACGAGCCUUGUACGCUGCUGACGCUGAAGUUGUCCGAGUAAAUGAUUACAGCGUUGUGGAAGUGCUACGCGAGGAACCGGCUAGGGUGACGAUCAGAGGACUCAGACGAUCGUUCUAUCCUCCCUCUCAUCUGCCUCCAGUCGAUAAUUCACCGCCUGAGAAGAAGCUGCAACUCGAAUGGGUCUAUGGUUAUCGAGGAACCGAUACUCGUAAAAAUCUUUGGGUUUUACCCAGUGGCGAAUUAUUGUAUUACGUCGCGGCCGUGGCAAUACUUUACGAUCGAGAAGAGAAUGCGCAACGACACUAUAUUGGACACACGGAAGAUAUUAUGUGCAUGGAGGUUCAUCCCAGCAGGGAGCUCGUCGCGUCUGGGCAAAAGGCGGGCAGACAUAGAAAGGCGCAGCCACAUGUUCGUAUAUGGUCAACGGAGACUCUUCUCACCUUAUACGUGUUCGGCAUGACCGAAUUUCAAAUGGGUGUCUCAGCAUUAGCGUUUUCACAACUAAACGGCGGUAGUUACGUACUUGCCGUGGAUUCUGGAAGAGAAGCUAUACUUUCGGUGUGGCAAUGGCAAUGGGGUCACUUGUUAGGCAAAGUGGCGACUAUGCAAGAGGAUCUCACGGGUGCAGCAUUUCAUCCAUUGGAUGAUAAUCUCUUAAUAACGCACGGACGCGGCCAUUUGACAUUCUGGAAUCGGCGUAAAGAUGGUUUCUUCGAGCGAACCGAUAUCAUCAAGCCGCCGUCUCGUACGCACGUUACGAGCAUUCAGUUCGAACAGGAUGGCGACGUUGUCACCGCGGAUAGUGAUGGUUUCAUCACGGUAUACUCGGUAGACGCGGAUGGGGCAUAUUUCGUACGAAUGGAAUUUGAAGCGCACAACAAGGGCAUUAGCUCUCUCGUCAUGUUAUCGGAAGGCACUCUCCUUUCCGGCGGUGAGAAGGAUAGGAAAAUAGCCGCUUGGGACUCGUUGCAGAAUUACAAACGCAUCACCGAUACGAAGCUGCCAGAAUCGGUAGGUGGAGUUCGCAGUAUAUAUCCGCAACGUCCCGGACGGAAUGACGGAAACAUUUAUGUAGGAACCACGCGGAACAACAUUCUCGAAGGUUCUCUGCAAAGAAGAUUCAACCAGGUCGUAUUCGGUCAUGGCAGACAAUUGUGGGGUCUGGCGGUUCAUCCUGACGACGAAGUCUUUGCCACCGCUGGACAUGACAAAAAUAUCGCUCUCUGGCGAAGACACAAGUUAUUGUGGACCACGCAGGUGGGUUUCGAGUGUAUAUGCAUAGCUUUUCACCCGUUUGGCGUGGCAUUAGCGGCGGGAUCGUCGGAAGGCCAUCUUUUGGUACUCGCGGCUGAUACCGGCGCAGCCGUGGCGACCCUCAGAGUGUGCGGAUCACCCCUGUCUUGCAUCGGAUACAAUCCUACUGGAGAAAUUGUGGCAAUGGGUUCUCAAAACGGUAGCGUGUAUCUCUUUAGAGUAUCCAGGGAUGGAUUUUCAUAUAAAAAAAGCAACAAAAUCCGCGGCACACAGCCAUUGAUGCAACUCGAUUGGAGUUCUGAUAGCCGCUUUCUCCAAACCGUCACUCAAGACUACGAUCUCUUGUUCUGGGACGUCAAGGUGUUGUCAUCGGAAAAGAGCCCAUUGGUUAUGAAAGAUGUCAAGUGGUACACCCACAACUGUACCGUUGGUUACAUGACUUCUGGGCAAUGGAACAAUCGUUACUAUCCAUUGACGACAGUUGUCACGACUUCCAGUAGAUCAGCGGCACACGAUAUGCUGAUAAGCGGCGACGCCGAGGGCUAUCUUCGACUCUUCAGAUACCCAUGUACCAGCGCCAAAGCUGAAUAUGUCGAGGAAAAGGUAUAUAGCUCGUUAGUGGCCUGCGCCAGGUUCCUCUACAACGACCAGAAUGUCGUCACUGUCGGCGGCACUGACGCUGCCUUGAUGCUCUGGGAAUUGGUUGACGAAUAAAAAAAUUAUAGAGUCGCUAGAACACAUUACUUAUUUGUUCGUGUGUCGUUGUAUAGCGAUAAAUACGAGGCGCUGGCGCCUUUUAGAUUUUAACCGUCCGCGACAAGUGGAUCUUUUUUGCAGGUUGUUUAAUGAAUUUAAUACAAAAAAAUGUAAAUAUGCGAAAGAAAUGCGUCACAAAUCGAUUUUUCAAUUUUAAUUAAAAAAUCCAAUUCGACAUCGGCUUAUUUCGCGCAUUUCAGAUAUUGAUUGUGCAUUUUAACACAAAACAAGGAUCUAUAGUUCCAUUAUGAUACAAUCUAUUCGACUCGCACUUGAUUCAUUUAUACCAACGUAACUCGAAGGAUAAAUUUAGUAUUGAAAGACAAUAAGAAAAUUCUGCACUGCGAUUCGUACACUGUAAGCGUGUGAAUCUCAUUUUCGUGAUCGAGACUGCGGUUAUUUUUAUAGCUUGAUCAUUCUUGUGUGAGGCAUAACAUAAAAUCUUCAAUUUGCUGAUCAAUUCUUAUUUCUUAAUUUUAUACAUACAUAAAGGGUGUCCCAGACUCCGCGUGACAUACGUUAACGACGUUCCUAAGAUACAUUACGAGAUCAUUUCGAGACAAAAAUCCUAAUAUUGAUAUGUUGAAGCUACAGUAGUUUUUAAAUGAAAAGGUCAGUCUCACCAUCUUCACCAUUGUAUAUGAAAUUUAAAAUACUAUACAUUAAAAACAAAAUGUUAUACAUAUAUAAAUUUACAUUGCUUUCAAUCCUAAAAUUGUCCUCGUGUUACAUAAAAGGUAAUAUUAUAUAUAAACCAAGUUAUUAAUAUUAGUCGUGUGAUUGCGAGCCAAUAAACAGGAUGUAAAAAUGAGCUGAGAAGCACUCGACAUCAUAAAAAUGUAGAAUUUAGCGUGUGCAUGCGUUGACACUUACUAACGUACGAGCUUAACAAAGAAAUUAAAUUUUAGCUAUCGUUACAAGUCGAAUGUGAAGGAGGAAAUGCACUUGCUCCUUAGGUUCAUUCUUUUUAACUGGACUAAAUCCAAACUAAGAUAUAUUAUGUAUAGCAGAUAUAUUCGGGAGUCGCGAUUAAUUACAUUUCGUUGACCGAUGUGGAGAGUAUAUAUAUAUAUAUAUAUAUAUUGAAUAAAUGAAUGAAUUGAAUGGCGCACGAUCGACCAAGGGCGAAAUAUUGAUUUCUUUGUUCAAAUUUUUCAUUCAAAUCAAUCGAUAAUAAUCAUUAUAUAUAUAUAUAUAUAUAUAUAUAUAUAUAUAUAUAUAAUAAAAUUAUCGAAAAUUAAUCAAUUAUAAUAAUUUAAACAACGUUCGAAGACUAUUCUGUAACUCUUAAUAAUAAUUCGGUAUUGUUACAGCGUCGUUGCGCAACUUUUGUACUAUAUAUAUAUAUAUAUAUUUACCAUGUAUAAUUGAGCAACGACACUGUUAACGAUAUCAAACUAUCGUUAAGAGUUAUAGAAUAGGCCUACUAAAGAGCUUCGGCAUUAAUCUUUUUUUUUUCUUUCAUUCUUCUUUGUCUCGUUUCGUCAGACGAUCAAGAGGCAGAGGCAUUUUAUUUACAAAAUUUGUGGGUAAAAGCUAUAAGAUAAACUUGAUACGAACAGGCAUUUACCACUGCCAGAAGAUUCAGAUUGAAUCUGAUAUCUGAUUGGAAAGAAAGGGAAGGAAGGAGAAGCAAAUUAGGACGAAAUAGAAAAAGCGUGGUUGUAAAAAGAAUAAAGUUUGGAUCUUCCGCUUGAGGUCUGCUCUUUUCGGUCGUGCUCUAUUACAAUCGCGCUUUCUCUAUAUAAGAAAUUUUUUUUGGAAUAAAGAAACUGCAAGAGCAACGAGAAUCUCGUCAACGGUCAAAAUGGAAUGUCCAAUAGUGAUUAAAAGGCAAAGUCUUACUCAAACGGAUGUAGCUGAAUAGGACAGUGUGCAGAGAAAGAUCAGUCACAUACAUGCCUAUCAUACAAAAUGCAACAUUAUUUAGGUCUUAGGAUAGCGAUUGAUUGAUUUUUCUGUGUAUACGCGCGAAUGUACGCGUAAACUUACGUUACGAUCAAUAUAUAUAUAUAAUUAUAUAGCGUCGUUAAUCAUUGUAUUUUACAAGAGCGUAUAAAUGUGUAAAGGUUUCGAGGGGAGAGUCUUUGUUGCAGGUCAACGCUCCUCUCUUAUAAACCAGUUAUCUUUAUUUACAUCUUUUUAGAGGGAAAUGGAAAAAAAAGAAGAAAACAUGUGUUUCGUAUUCACGCAGUAGUUUUGUAAUAAGCGAUUAGGAUCGUCACUGCCAAGAUGUCGCGAGCUAAAAAAGUUCUACCGAGUAAUCAUCAGAUAACGAUCGUUUAUUCUUUGUUCACUAUGCGCCAUAUAAAACCCAUGUCACAUUUGUCCUAUUCUCAAUGAUGAGAUUAAAAGUUUGAUCUAUCCAGAAUGACCUAUCCGAGGCAAUUAUAUUAAGUCUAUGCCAGGAGAGGAGGACGGGCAUAGCCGCAUAACGUAUAUUAGAUAUAGAAUCAUACGAAUAUUCGUGUUUGAUUUUAGGAAUACAUACAGGAAAAUGCAUGUCUGUUAUUAAGAACGUUGAUAUUAAUAAAUAUCAAGUAUCGAUCUGUGAUCUUUAUUAGAGGCGUAAUUUUCUUGUGUAUAUUAUGUUGUUGUUGUUGAUGGAAAUGAAAGAUUAAGAAACUCUGAAUUGAUAAGAGAAAAUUUCGUACGUAAGUAUGUACAAUAAUCGUCAACUCGAAUUAAUAUCUUCUCAUUGUAUUAGAUAUUUUUGAAUUGACGGUAUAAGGUUGAGCUAUUCGCCCGUCACGACUGUCGGUUGAAAAGUUCAUAGUUACAUUUGUAUAUAAUUACGUUACAAUACACACGUAGACAAACGACCAUCCUGUGUUGGCUUUUAUCGGCAUUUUUUAUUUCAUUAACUUUGAACUUUAGAUUCCUUAAUUUGGGGUAAAAAUAAAAAGCAUUGAAUGAAAUUUUACUACUAUACAUAUUGUACAAACAUGAUACGCGGUAAGUGUGACUUGGGUCAAACUUGGAUCGAUUUAUGUGGCGACAUUACGUAAUAUUCGCAAUAUUUUGUUAAUAAAAUAUUUAGUUUUGCUCCGAGCGCGAUUUUAUCUGGCGAUUAAAUCGCUGAUCGAGUUAAUUGGAGUUUAUAGUUGAACUGAAAAGAGCUGAAAGAGCAGAGAGUUCUGAAUACACAAGGCUAUUAACAUGAAAUAAAAAAUUUAAUUCUUUACAACUUAUUCGAUAAGUUGUUCUUCUCACGGACAAAACGUCAUUUCUUCAAAAAGAUACUUUCGUUUUUUUCUUUAUCAAUUUCAUAAUACAUACGUCCAAUAAUAGAUGUAAUAAAAAUUUUUUGUUUUUUAGAACAACUAGAGAUACGUAACGAUUCCUGACAGUAUUGGGAAUUAUAUAGAUUUCUAUAUGUUAUAGAUUUUAAGUACUAUCGAAUCUACUCUGUAGAAAACAAAUCGAACCUAUUGGGUAUCUCGGAUGUUCGCCAGCGAGAGUAUGUCAGGCGUAAAUAAAAGUAUAAUGGAAAAUAAAAAUGCUGAUAUAACGAGAUUAAA